GCGCAUAUAACGCCUCUAAGCUUUAAACUAAAAUGUGUUUAUUGUGCCCAUUGCUUCUAAUUUUGGAUGCACUUGUAAUUCCCUAAAAAAUCACUGCAAAAGUUACCCAGAGAAGAUUUGAUCGACAUGGCAGAAUACGAGGACUGUGACGUAGGAUCGCCAGGUCCGAAUUCGAGCCUCACCUUGGAGGAUUUACGAGGAAGGGUGCGGUGUCUGGUGGAGAGUUUGGGGCAGGUUCGGGAAAUGGUGUCAGAGACAUCUGUGGGGUUUCAGCACACAUUCAACAGAGUGGAUGGAGUGGCACACGGGAUCAAGGAGAUGAAUCGAGAGUUAAGGAGCACUCGUGAGGCCCUGGAACAAGCGAAGGCAAAGCUGGACCAGGAGCUCGAUCCCCAAACCGAAAGAGCGAUGGGCAAGUUCUUGAGGGAGCACCUCAGAGCGGCCACACCCAGGGAGGACUUUGCUCUGUGUCGGAAGAUCCGCGGUUCGUAUCCCGAGCCGGUGGACAGGGGAACCACUGCGAGGCCCGCAGGAGGGCCGAUGGUCCAUCAACCACAAUUCGCAGAGCCUGGUCUUUUUCCGUUUUAG